AUGGCUGUGCGCCCCUUUGUGAUGCUCGAAGCCUCUUUCGCCUUUCAUGCAUAUUCACGUGGUUUGUCUAACGGGUUGGUCCAAUACGUUUGUGGGCUAAAACUGAUUGAACAGGCUGGAAUAAACAGAGGUAAAAACGCCAUUCGGAGCGAUGCAGUGCAGAUGCAGCCUGCUUUAUGUCCACCAACAACAUAUUCUCCCUCCGUAUCUGCCCAAGACAAUAUUUCCUGCACUACACGGAAUUCUCACCAAAGCGUAGCGGGCCCAUCACGCCUGCGCCCUUCUCGGCCUAAAAAAACAGAAGGUAUUCGUGUUCGCACCCCACGUAGGGCAGCGUUUGCAUCAACAGGUGUUUUCCGGCCCUGUUUCUUGCCAUGCACGUUUUGCUCCCUUUUGCAUCUGGCUUUACUAUGCUGUUUGAUACGCUACUCUAAAUCGUGCGUUGUGCUAAGCUUUCCUGUUACAAAUAUCAUAGGUGCGCAUGUUAGGUACCAGAACCUUGGCCGUCCAACCUUCAUGUGCCAUAAUUGUGCGGCGAUCAUGUGGUAUGAAGAGAGGAAUAAAAAUACAAAGUCGUCUGAUGGGACGACUUUCUCUUCGUGCUGCCAGGAUGGCAAGGUUUUGCUUGCUCGCUUUCUUGAUCCGCCUGAACCAUUAAGAUCAUUACUUGAUUAUAACGACCCGGCGACACUUAGAUUCAAAGAACAUAUUAGAGUUUACAAUAGCAUGUUUUGUUUCACAUCAUUUGGGGGAAAGAUUGAUCAUGCUAUAAACAGUGGUCGAAGCCUAUACACCUUCCGAAUAAGUGGGCAUAACUACCACCGAAUAGGCUCCAUGUUGCCAGUUGAAGGUGAGCAACCAAGAUAUGCUCAGCUGUAUUUCUACGACACGCAAAACGAAGUUAAAAACCGUAUAACUGCUUUGUUUGGCCAGACCCAUUGUCAUGACACAUGUGAUGAAGCAAUUGUUGCGUCCAUCAUCAGAAUGUUAGACACCCACAGUCCUUUGGCUACCGCCUUCCGCAUGGCAUUUGCUGUUCUUAUCACAAACGACUUUGGGGUCAACACUGAACCACGUGAUGUUAUCGUUAGCACAAAGCACGGCGCGCUUCAACGCAUAUCAGAAUUACAUCAACUUUACAUGCCUUUGCAAUAUCCGUUGUUGUUUCCGUACGGAGAGACCGGGUUCCACGAACGAAUACACUACCAUGACAACACCGGACGUCGGGCGACUAAACGACAAUGUGUCACAAUGCGGGAAUACUACUGCUACAGAAUCCAUUAUCGCAAUAACGAAGGCACCACCCUGUUAAGAGGCGGUCGUUUAUUCCAACAGUAUUUAGUUGACUCAUACGCAGCUAUCGAAGAACAAAGGUUGCGCUGGAUGAGGAAUAACCAAAAUGAGCUGCGCGUUGAGCUCUAUCAUAAUGUUUGUGACGCUGUGACGCGUGGGGAUACAAAUGCUAAGGCUAUCGGGCAACGUAUAGUUUUACCGGCAACCUUUACGGGCAGUCCAAGAUAUAUGAUCCAAAAUUACCAAGACGCCAUGGCUCUGUGCCGUACUUUUGGGAACCCCGACCUGUUUGUAACGUUUACAGCUAACCCAAAAUGGCCUGAAAUCGAAGACAUGGUGUCUCUCAUACCAGGACAAAAGUCUCAUGACCGUGCAGAUGUUGUAUCACGCGUUUUUAAGCUAAAGCUGACCUCCUUGAUUGAAGAUAUUAUGAAGAAACAAAUCUUUGGCAGCUGCCAAGCAGCUGUUUAUACAAUUGAGUUUCAAAAACGAGGCCUACCGCAUGCGCACCUUUUGUUGUGGCUUGAACAUUCUGCCGAGUCUCGCACGCCGGCUGGCAUAGAUGAUUUGAUUUCUGCAGAGAUCCCAUCGGAAAUUGACGAUCCAUCCGGCUAUAAGGCUGUAACAGAUUACAUGUUGCACGGCCCAUGUGGGAAUGAUGCGCGCAGUGCUCCGUGUACAACAGAUGGAAAAUGCAUGAAACACUUUCCGAAACCAUUUUACCGAGAAACAACAAUUGACGAAGACGGUUAUCCGGUUUAUCACCGACGAGAUACCAAGAUCUUCUUUAAGAAGGGCAAAACGAAGCUUGACAACCGGUUUGUCGUCCCAUACAACCGCUACCUCCUCUUAAAGUACGAAUCGCACAUCAAUGUUGAAUGGUGCAACCAAUCCCGAGCGAUAAAAUACCUAUUUAAAUACUUAAACAAGGGGCCAGACAGGGCUACAAUGGUUGUUCAGGAAAACAUUGGCAAUAACGGUGAAAAGCGUACACAACAGAUUGUUAAGGUUGAUGAGAUUAAAAACUAUCUGGAUUGCCGGUACUUAUCACCAUGUGAAGCUGUGUGGAGAAUGCUUGCAUUUCCUAUACAUUACUCAUUCCCAUCCGUCAUGAAACUAACGUUCCAUACACCUAAUCAACAUCUGCUCACGUUACGUGAUUCAGACAGCUUGCCGGCCUUGUUAAACCGGGACGGGAUACGAGACACGAUGUUCACCCAAUGGUUUGCGCUAAACAACAGAGAUGAAGCGGCAAGAGAGUUAACGUACGCCGAGAUACCAACAAGGUAUGUGUGGCAAGAGGAUAACAAGGUAUGGAAAAUGCGGUUGGAGCGGACAGCCAUUGGGCGGAUUGUGUAUUGCAAUCCAGCAGCUGGGCCAAAGUAUUAUCUAAGAAUGUUGUUGGGAAUUGUGAGAGGGCCUCGAAGUUUCGAAGAAAUAAAAACGGUCGACGGAGUCGUAUAUGCAACGUUCAAAGAAGCCUGCUAUGCGUAUGGCUUGCUUAAUGAUGACAAGGAGUGGAAUGACGCCCUGUCAGAGGCUAAAUUAUGGGCGUCCGGUUCCCAACUACGGGAAUUGUUUGUUACCAUGUUGUUGUUUUGCGAAGUGAAUCGCCCGGCGCAACUCUGGGCACAAAAUUGGGAGAUACUAUCUGAUGAUAUUUUGUACCUGAAACGUAGGCUCUUCAUGUUCCCAGGGUUACAUUUAUCUGACGACCAGCUUAAGAACUACUGCCUGAUCGAACUAAAUGAACUAUUGGAGAAAAAUGGAAAAUUGUUAUCAGAUUUCACAGAUAUGCCCCAACCGGAUACGUCGCUCCACAAUAAGAUGGAUAAUCGUCUAAUUAGGGAAGAGUUGAGUUAUAAUAAAAAAAAGAUGACAGACGAACACGAUCGAUUAUAUGCAUCACUGAACACGGAACAAACGGUCAUAUACGACACAGUCAUUGAUUCUGUUACCACCCGAAAAGGCGGGUUCUAUUUCGUGUAUGGUCCAGGUGGGACAGGCAAGACAUUCCUGUACAAAGCCAUUCUGUCACGCUUAAGAUCUAUGGGAUUUGCCCUUGCGGUUGCAUCUUCAGGUAUCGCGUCCCUUCUAUUACCCGGUGGUCGGACAGCUCAUAGCCGCUUCGCUAUCCCUUUAGAAUUACUUCACAAUAGCACGUGUGCCAUCAAACAAAAUACCCAGUUGGCACACCUGUUACAAGAGGUAAGGUUAAUCAUCUGGGACGAAGCACCAAUGAUGCAAAAAUAUGCUUUUGAAGCACUUGAUAAAACACUUAGAGAUAUCUUGGGGUUUCCUGCCUACGCAAACAGGGAACGCGUUUUUGGUGGCAUGCCUGUUUUGCUUGGUGGUGAUUUCAGACAAAUCCUGCCCGUCAUCCCAAAGGGAAAAAGAGAAGAUGUUGUUCAGGCAUGCAUAAAUAAAUCGUAUCUGUGGAAAAGUUGUAAACUCUUCAGACUCCACCGUAGUAUGCGUGUCAACGAAUACACCUCAGCAGGUGUGCUAGACAUGGAUAGGCAACGUUUCAACAAAUGGUUGUUAGAAAUCGACGAUGGAAUUGUUCCUUCAAAGACCAAAGAAGGUGAGGAUGAGCCAACCUGGAUCGAGAUACCCACCAGGUCAUCCCAAGAGGCUACUUAUCAUGUCUCUAUAAAUACACAGCCAUAUUCAAGCAUCCUACCUUUCAUUAUACAAUCUGUGGCUGAAUAUCGAAAGACCCCUGCAAACAUGAAGAAAACUACUGCUGUUGCUAACUGUACAGAAAGUCUGGCAACUGUUGAAGAAAUAUUAAACCAUGGUCGAGAAAAUAAGAAACACACGAAUGCUGAGUUCAAUUGCCGUGUGGUGAUUAAAGGCGUACGUAAUAGCGAAGAGUGGUUCAGACUUAUGUGUGGAGGAGGAAAAUGCAUGAAAGGUGUAUCGCAUGAUCACAGGGAGUUGUGGUGUGAAGGCUGUGAAAACCCAGUUAUGUUUCCCCGAGCAAGAUUCCAUCUUCAACUUGAUGUGGUCGAUUCCACGGCUAAUGUGGUCAUCGUGUGCUUCGAUGACACUGCACAGCUUCUAACAAGCACCACUGCUCAGUCUAUACUCAAUGUGGAAUCGGGUCUCUCGCACAUCUACACCGUUUCUUCCGCAAUCAACCAGGAUAGCUUCACACCAGUCAUGAUACGGACCUGUAACGGUAACAUCUCAACGCUCCCAAACUGCUUACAUUCACUUAUAGGCACCACCCGAACCAUCCAAGUUGAUACAUCCACAUACUACCAUCAUGGGGCCUUUGAGAGUUUCAACUGCAAACGUGUGCUCCCAGACGAAACCAACUAUCAAUCCGUUGGAUCUACCACUCCUACUCCCAUGACUAGGAAGGGUAAAGGGGUGAUGACAAUUCCAACACCGGUUAAGCUCAAAGAAACAGUCAGCAAGUACAUGUAA